UCGAAGAAGCAAAGAAACAUCAAAGCCAUUGACUUCAUAUUACUAUAUUAGAGAGAGGACUUCAGACAGGCAUAUGCUUUAUGAUAUCCCCAUUAGAUGCCAGAGACAAUUAUGGGCUCUUCACAUAAAUAGGAGAUAUCCAUCACCUUUAUUCACCCAACUAUUCUGCUUCUCUAUCUCUCCUCUUUCUUCAAUUCAGGAGUAGUUGGGCUGGGAGAAGAAGACGGCCAGCACAAGAAUUAAUUGUGAAACUCUAUCUAGCCAUGGCUAGGAACCAGCUGGGAGUGCUUAAUGCACUUGAUGUGGCAAAGACACAAUGGUAUCAUUUCACUGCAAUCAUAAUUGCUGGAAUGGGUUUCUUCACAGAUGCAUACGAUCUAUUCUCCAUUUCACUAGUUACUAAAUUACUUGGCCGCAUAUAUUAUCAUGUCGAUGGGGCUCCAAAGCCAGGCACGCUGCCUCCCAACGUUGCAGCUGCAGUUAAUGGUGUGGCGUUUUGUGGUACUUUAGCAGGCCAGCUCUUCUUUGGAUGGCUUGGUGACAAAUUAGGCAGGAAAAAAGUGUAUGGAAUGACCCUCAUGCUUAUGGUGGUCUGUUCUGUUGCCUCAGGACUUUCAUUUGGACAUUCUGCAAAGGGUGUUAUAGCCACACUUUGUUUCUUCAGAUUUUGGCUUGGUUUUGGCAUUGGAGGUGACUACCCUCUCUCUGCAACAAUCAUGUCUGAAUAUGCUAAUAAAAAGACUCGUGGGGCAUUUAUCGCCGCAGUGUUUGCAAUGCAAGGAUUUGGGAUUCUAGCUGGUGGGAUCGUUGCUCUGAUUGUGUCUGCUUCCUUUGAUCAUGCCUACAGUGCCCCUACUUAUGAAGUUGAUCCGUUAGGCUCAACAGUGCCGGAAGCAGACUAUAUUUGGCGAAUCAUUUUGAUGUUUGGAGCCGUACCAGCAGCUAUGACUUACUACUGGCGAAUGAAGAUGCCUGAGACAGCUCGUUACACAGCUCUCGUUGCGAAGAACGCGAAGCAAGCAGCUUCAGACAUGUCUAGAGUACUGCAGGUUGAGCUUGAAGCAGAAGAGCACAAGAUAGAGCAGAUAUCUCAGGACCCAUCCAAUUCAUUUGGACUUUUUAGUAAGGAAUUUGCUCGCAGACAUGGGGUUCACUUGCUUGGAACCACCGUGUGCUGGUUCUUACUAGACAUAGCUUAUUACAGUUCAAAUCUUUUCCAGAAGGAUAUCUUUAGCGCAAUCGGUUGGAUUCCACCUGCACAGACCAUGAAUGCAAUUCAUGAAGUAUAUGUGAUUGCCAGAGCACAAACACUUAUCGCCUUGUGUGGCACAGUUCCUGGAUAUUGGUUCACAGUGGCUCUCAUUGAUCGUAUAGGGAGAUUUUUCAUCCAAGUGAUGGGUUUCUUCUUCAUGACUGUAUUUAUGUUUGCUCUGGCAAUACCUUACCAUCAUUGGACAUUGAGGGAUAACAGAAUUGGGUUUCUGAUCAUGUACUCACUGACAUUUUUCUUCGCCAAUUUUGGACCAAAUGCCACCACAUUUGUUGUUCCAGCAGAGAUUUUCCCUGCAAGGCUAAGGUCAACCUGCCAUGGAAUAUCUGCAGCUUGUGGAAAGGCCGGGGCUAUUGUCGGUUCUUUUGGGUUCCUGUAUGCUGCACAGAGCACAGAUCCGGCAAAGACUGAUGCUGGCUACCCAACAGGUAUUGGAGUGAAAAAUUCACUUAUUGUGCUCGGUGUGAUCAACUUCUUUGGAAUCUUGUUCACUUUAUUGGUUCCAGAAUCGAAAGGAAAGUCCCUGGAAGAGCUUACAGGAGAAAAUGAAGAUGAACCACAAGAAGCCUCUUGGAGUAGGACAGUGCCGGUAGCCUGAUUUGGCUUCACAAAAAAACUUCACCAGAUGAAAUUAUGUUGUAAGAAAAUUUGUGAAAUAUAAUAUAAGCAUGGUUCUAAAUUCUAGGGUAAUAAAUAAUUAUUGACA